CGCUGCUGAAGCGAAAAUCCCGGUGCCUCUUUCAAACCCGUGGUCAGACUAAACGCCGAGGGGAAAUCAUGGAGGAAAAGAAGAGCGAAAUCAACGGGCACGCCGGGCACAAAAGCCCGGUAAAAGCGGUUUCAACAAAUUCUGAAAAGAAAAGCUUUAAAGACAGGUUCAUGGUGUUUUUAAAAAGAAACCUCUUAGUUAUUUUGACGGUGUCCGGGGUGCUGGUGGGCGUCGGGCUCGGAAUGAUGGUCCGGAACAUGAGCCUUACCCGAGCCCAAAUGACUUAUUUUGCCUUCCCUGGAGAGAUGCUGCUGAGGAUGCUCAAGAUGAUCAUCCUCCCUUUAGUGGUUUGCAGUUUGAUUUCUGGCGCCGCGAGUCUGGACACCCGCUCGCUGGGAAAGCUCGGAGGAAUCGCCGUGGCUUACUUUUUGGUGACCACUCUGAUCGCUUCAUCCAUCGGUGUGGCGCUCGCCUUCAUCAUCAAACCCGGUGUGGGAGCCGGAGCGCUCAACACCAACAGUUUGGGGCUUGAAGGUGUGAGCACCAACAAAGAGACAACGGAUUCGUUUUUAGACCUUGCAAGAAACCUGUUCCCAUCUAACCUGGUGGCUGCAGCUUUCCGUUCAUAUGCCACUGAUUACAAGAUAAUUCUUGUUGGAAAUGGAACCAAUGGAACCCUCAACUACCAAAAGGUUCCUUAUGGAACAGAUGCAGAUGGAAUGAAUAUUCUUGGCCUUGUUCUCUUUGCUAUGGUUUUUGGAGUUGCUUUGAGAAAGCUUGGGGCAGAAGGAGAGGAGCUCAUUCGUUUUUUCAAUGCCUUCAAUGAAGCCACAAUGGUACUGGUCUCUUGGAUCAUGUGGUACGUGCCUUUUGGCAUCAUGUUCUUGGUAGGGAGUAAAAUUGUAGAGAUGGAGGAUGUGGUUCUGUUGGUCACUAGUUUGGGGAAGUACAUUUUUGCCUCUAUCCUGGGUCACAUCAUCCAUGGUGGCAUUGUCUUACCACUCAUCUACUUUGGAUUCACUCAUACAAACCCCUUCAGUUUCCUGUCUGGCCUCAUCACACCUUUCACUACAGCCUUUGCAACCUGCUCCAGCUCAGCAACCCUGCCCACUAUGAUGAAGUGUAUAGAGGAAAACAACGGUGUUGACAAAAGAAUCAGCCGGUUCAUCCUACCGAUAGGAGCCACUGUCAACAUGGAUGGAGCAGCCAUUUUCCAGUGCGUUGCAGCUGUGUUUAUCGCCCAGCUUAACAACGUUGACCUCAACGCAGGCCAGAUCUUCACCAUCCUGGUGACAGCCACUGCUUCCAGUGUGGGAGCAGCGGGCAUUCCAGCUGGAGGGAUCAUCACCAUUGCUAUCAUUCUGGAGGCCAUCGGUCUGCCCACCCAUGACCUGUCACUCAUGCUGGCUGUAGACUGGAUUGUAGACCGCACCACCACUGUUGUAAACGUAGAGGGAGAUGCUCUUGGUGCUGGCAUCCUUCACCACAUCAAUGAGCAAGAGAUGAAAAAGCAAAGACAGCAACAGGAGCCAGAGGACCAGGAACUGCAGGAGGUGGAGGUGGUGGCUAAUGUGCAGGCAGAGGAGGAGACCUCUCCUCUUGUCACCCACCAGAACCGAGGAGACAGCUCUUCACGCGAAACACUCAAUGACAAGGGCGGUGUGGAGUCUGUGCUGUAAACUGUUGAUUGUGACCUCUCAUCUCUUUCUUCUUCUCUUUUUUUCUCUCACUUUUUUAUACAAACCACUAUAGACAUGUCACCUCAGUGUAACGUUUACGUCAAACGUAAAGUUUACUUAAACCUGUAAAAUAGAACACUGAUGGCCAUUGUGCUGUUACAUUCUUAAACAUAGUUUGAAGUACAUGGUAAGAAGAACAGGUUGUGCUAAGAUAAUCUUAUCUAACUGUGCCAAAAUGAUUUCUUAUUUGUGUUUAUGUGCAAAGUCUAAAAGGGAAUAAGCAGUUUUCAUGUGUAGAGAUGGAUAGUGAUGUCAAUUCUUCACAGACUGACCUCUUGCUCUGUUUGUUUGCUACAUUUUAACUGGCUGUGUGAAACAUUAACUAUUUUGAAGAUUUACCGGAAAGUAUUUGCUGUAAAUAUUUGUGUCCUUAAUGGCAAAUCCUGUGACACUGUGGUAUAGUCUGGUAACAGUGUGAUUUAUUGAGGAUUAAAUCACAGCUGUGCAUGUGUGCUUACGAAGAACUCCCUUUCUAGCAUAUUCUGAGAUUGUGCUGAAUUUAAAUGAAAGAGAAGUUUGGCAACUUUUAAUUAAAACUCAGGGAGAAAGGUUGUAAUUGAACCCCAUGAUGAGAAGUCACACUGUAAGGGUCAAACAUUUCUUCUCUGAUCUCUCUUGUUUGUUCCAAUGAGCAUCAAUCAUGGUAUCUAAUGACACCCAGUGGUCAGUGCAAUUAGAAUUUUCCAGAUCCCUGUCAGAUUAAUUCAAUGAUUCAGCUACCCAUGGGCUGACAAUUUCAUUACUUUUUGUACAUUUUUAUGCCCAUCCUUGAAAUUUGACCUUGCCAUACAAAUGAACAGUGUAGGCAUAGGCUACAAUUUAAAAAUGGUAAUUUGGUAGUAGCAAGAUCGGUCAGUGUAAAAUAAGCUAUGAAUGACUUUAAUUGAUUAUUUAAUUUAUUUAAUAUACUUUUUCACUCUCUUAUAACUGAGACAUUAUCUUGUUAACACUGUGUGUCUCAACAUACAAUGAAAUUAAAAGAAUUUGUGUCUCUGA